AUGCAUCGCCUUUGCAGCAAUCCUGAACUUGCAAGCGAAGUUAAGCAAAGUGACAUCAAGCCGAAUCUGAUGCCUCACUUGUUGCUUAUGUGGAGUCUUCAAACUACACUAUCAUUAUCCGAAUUUGUGGAACAGCUAGAAAGUCUCAAAUCUCCAGACUUAUAA